UAUGGAUCCAAGUCUGCUAAGAGAACGGGAACUGUUCAAAAAACGAGCUCUUUCCACUCCUGUAGUAGAAAAACGUUCAGUACCUUCUGAGACAUCGUCAUCAUCGUCAUCUUCAAAGAAGAAGAAAGCAAAGGUAGAACAUGGAGGAUCAUCAGGCUCUAAACAAAAUUCUGAUCAUAGCAACGGAUCAUUUAACUUCAAAGCUCUAUCAGGAAGCUCUGGAUAUAAGUUUGGUGUUCUUGCUAAGAUUGUGAAUUAUAUGAAAACCCGGCAUCAGCGAGGAGAUACACAUCCUCUAACUUUAGAAGAAAUUUUGGAUGAAACACAGCAUUUAGAUAUUGGACUCAAGCAGAAGCAAUGGCUAAUGACUGAGGCAUUAGUCAACAAUCCCAAAAUUGAAGUGAUAGAUGGGAAGUAUGCAUUCAAACCCAAAUACGACUUGAAAGAUAAGAGGGCCCUACUUAGGCUAUUAGAUCAGCAUGACCAGCGAGGAUUAGGAGGAAUUCUUUUAGAAGACAUAGAAGAAGGACUGCCUAAUUCCCAGAAAGCCGUCAAGGCUUUGGGGGACCAGAUACUGUUUGUAAAUCGUCCAGAUAAGAAGAAAAUACUUUUCUUCAAUGAUAAGAGCUGUCAAUUUUCUGUGGAUGAAGAAUUCCAGAAACUGUGGAGGAGUGUUACUGUGGAUUCGAUGGAUGAGGAGAAAAUUGAAGAAUAUCUGAAGCGACAGGGUAUUUCUUCCAUGCAGGAAUCUGGACCAAAGAAAGUGGCCCCUAUUCAGAGAAGGAAAAAGCCUGCUUCACAGAAAAAGCGACGGUUUAAGACUCACAAUGAACACAUGGCUGGAGUGCUGAAGGAUUACUCGGACAUUACUCCUAGCAAAUAGGAAGAUUUUGUCUUGGAACAAAGAGU